CCAUGGCAGCCGCCACCGCUGGCGCGCGGCGUGGGAGUUCGCGCGCCAGGGUUUGCAACUAACCCAACAGGCUUACGUAAAGCACGCGGUAGAAGAACCCUCCAAGCAUCCGCGGCAGUUCAUUUCGCCCCUAUUGCUCUUCCUGGCCAGAGGUCAUUUCUAAUCAUCUCUUAUUUUGUAAACGUGGCAUGUGAAAUGAUAAAGGGAAGACAUACGUCAUCACUACCUUCGAGGGAUCGUCUCCUAGAGUGGCCCCAGCACUAACUGCAAAAGCUACUUCCAUCCUCCCACCCCGCCAAAUCCAUCCAUGUUUUUACAGCCGGGUCGAUGAGCAACCCUGACGUCUGCAUAGUUAAACAGCAAGGAGAGUGACCUAACCGACCCUUUUCCAGUCAGGACACGUCAGAUCUUGGGGGUUUUGACAUUCUCGGACUCUCAUUGCUUUGAAAAUGGAGAAGCUUUCUUUUAGGUGAGGGUGAGAAGGAAACCUCUGGGUCAUCCUAAAGGACUUCCUUCGUCAGCUUUUGCGGGGCUCCCAAGCUGUUGGGAGGCCAGCGUUUUCCACCUAGGGCUCCAGAGAACACAUCCAGGUCUCCUUUCCUCGGCAUUCACAACAGCCUCCUCCCAAGGAGCCUUCUGAGUUGAACCGCCAGGUGGCGCAUCUCUCGAAGGAAAUAUAUCUCUGUCAUAAAUGGAGGGGUAGUUGCCUGGCAACCAAAAACUGGGCGUUCCAAACAAUUGGGACCGGGGAUCCUGUACGAGACAGGUCCGUGCUUUGGCUGCGCUAAUCUCCUGGGACUAAGCCAGCAUCUUUGGGCCUUUAAGUAUGCCUCACUCUCAGGAAUCGUUCUCGCACCCUACCUUAAGUGAAGAAGACUCACACUUGGGAAGUCUGCGGGCUUCUAAGAAAUCAUCGUUUAAGAACCCAACUCACCUUGCUCAGCAGCAGGAACCCUGGAGUCGGCUCAACUCAACUCCCACAUUUACCUCCAUGAGGCGAGACGCCUGCUUUUUCGAUCCCAAGAUGCCAAAGGAUGAUCUGGAUUUCCGCUUAGCAGCCUUGUAUGACCACCACACUGGGGCAUUCAAGAACAAAACUGAGAUACUGUUGCACCAGGAGACCAUUCAGGAUAAGCAUGGCAAGAUCCAGUUUCCUGGAGAAUGUUUCCACUCCCCUGCGGCCCCCAUCACUUCCCGGGCUAACAUCAUCAGACACUGGAUCAACCCUAAGAAAGAAUCCAUCCACAGCAUCCAGGGAUCCAUAGUGUCUCCUCACACGGCAGCCACCAAUGGAGGUUACUCCCGAAAAAAUGAUGGUGGCUUCUUCUCCACCUAGUGGUGAGAACUGGGUUAAUUUCGUCAUGGUGGGACAUCCGGCUGCCCCUUCUUCAUUAAAUAGGUUUGUUCAAGAUGAA